GAAAGAAAUAUGGCGGCCCGCUGGAGCAGUGAGAAUGUGGUGGUGGAGUUCAGAGAUGCACAGGCCACCGCCAUGUCAGUGGAUUGUCUGGGUCGCCAUGCUGUACUCUCUGGACGGCGGUUCCUCUACAUCGUAAACUUGGAGAUUCCUUCGGAGCCCCCACGGAAGAUUGGGCGACAGAGCAAGUGGGAUGUGGGCACUGUACAGUGGAAUCCACACAAAACGGAGGCACAUCUGUUUGCUGCGUCAAGUAACCAGCGUGUGGACCUCUAUGUCUGGCGAGAUGGAUGUGGGGAGGCUCACACCUCUCUACAGGGGCACACGCGUGUCAUUAGUGACCUGGACUGGUCAUGGUUUGAACCCGAGUUUAUUGUGACAAGCUCAGUAGACACAUACAUCUACAUCUGGGAUACAAGAGACACUCGGAAGCCAACGGUGGCCUUAUCUGCAGUGGCUGGGGCAUCCCAAGUGAAAUGGAACCGGCGGAAUCCAAACUGCCUGGCUUCUAGCCACGAUGGAGAUGUAAGAAUUUGGGAUAAAAGGAAACCCAACACUGCUAUGGAGUAUGUUGCAGCUCACUUGUCAAAGAUUCAUGGUCUGGACUGGCACCCAGACAAUGAGUAUAUCCUGGCAACAUCAAGCCAGGACAACUCUGUGCGGUUCUGGGACUAUAGACAGCCUCGCAAGUACCUUAACAUCCUGUCUUGCCAAGUACCUGUGUGGAAGGCAAGAUAUACGCCCUUCUCUAACGGGUUGGUGACGGUGAUGGUGCCCCAGCUGCGCCGAGAGAACAGCCUGCUCCUGUGGAGCACGCUAGAUCUCAAUAGCCCUGUGCACGCCUUCGUGGGGCACGACGACGUGGUGUUGGAGUUCCAGUGGAGAGCGCAAAAAGAGGGCUCUAAAGACUAUCAGUUAGUCACAUGGUCCAGAGACCAGACUUUGCGGAUAUGGCGCGUGGAUCCUCAGCUACAGAAGCUGUGUGCCAAUGACAUUGUGGAGGAGCUUGCGGAAGGCAUGACCCUGAACGCUGAGUCGGAGAAGACCUUGCCCUCCCAGGACUCCGAGCCCCCGCUGAGCCCAGGCCUCUCCUCAGAGGAUCUCCAAGACCAGCAGGAGGGGCUGCAGGCUGCGCUGAUGGGCAGCGGACGGCAGGACGCUCCUGGUCUGCCCCAGACCCUGCAGCAAGAGUUCUCACUGGUCAACCUCCAGAUCCGCAACGUCAACGUGGAGAUGGAUGCUGUUAAUCGGAGCUGUUUUGUUUCGGCACAUUGUGGUGCCAACCGGGUACGGUUGGUGGUGAAGUUCCCGGCUCAGUACCCCAACAAUGCAGCACCCACCUUUCAGUUUGUCGCCCCAACCAACAUCUCAUCUUCCAUGAAGAUUAAGAUCCUCAAGAUUAUGACAGACACAUCACUGCAGAAAGUCAAAAGGAAUCAGAACUGUCUGGAGCCAUGUGUCAGACAGUUGGUCUCCUGUUUGGAGUCAGACAUGGAGGAUAGCACAGCAGCUAACCCCUACGUGCUGUCGAACCCAGUCACGCCCGCCCUGCCUGCCUUCCCGCGCGUCACUAACACCUACGGCUCCUACCAGGACGCCAACAUCCCCUUCCCACGCACCUCCGGGGCGCGCUUCUGUGGAACCGGUUCCCUGGUGUACUUCACCCGUCCAACUACUAUGCACCGCUCAGUCCCUCCCACUGAACCAACUCCCAGGUCUCUGUCCGCUCUCUCAGCCUACCACAGUGGGGUGCUGACCCCCAUGAAGAUGCGCACGGAGUCCCAGAGCACUCUCCGGCUGUACAGCGGCAGCCCCACUCGCACCGACAAAGAGCAAGUCUCCAUCUCCUCUUUCUACUACAAGGAGCGGAAGCCUCCUCAGGCCAUUCUUCGCCGCUGGUCUGUGCAGGCUAUUCAUGACUGUCCGAAAUCGCGGCGCUGGAAAGGCAAGCGUGAAGGCAGCGACUACGGUAGCAGGCCUAUCAAGCCGGCGGGCAAGGUCAUCAUCCAGGAGAUCUCCUGCCUGCUGCCCGUCCACAAAGCCCUGGGGGAGACCUAUGUUCUGAAUGUGAAUGACAUCCAUGACACGUGUCAGAAGAACGCAGCAGCUGCCCUGACGGUGGGGCGAAGAGACUUGGCCAAGGUGUGGGCCUUGGCCUCAGCGGCCACCAGUGUGGUCCUCAGCCCAGAUUCUGACCCAGACGCUGAUACGCCCUGGGCCAGACACCCCUUUGGACGCCACCUGCUGGAGACAUUACUGGACCACUACAGUCAGAUGAGUGACGUGCAGAGUCUGGCUAUGCUGUGCAGCGUAUUUCAGGCCCAGGGCAGCCCUCAGGACUACUUCACUCUGUAUGGACACCACAUGGUCCCGCGCUCUGCCAUGUUUGCCCCCCACCAUUCACGCUACCCCAGCUACACCUCCAGCUCCGUCACAUCUGGCUCCUGCUCUAGCACCUCCGACUCCACCACCACGGCCUGGAACAUUGCUGGGCGAGACCCUGAACACGCGCCACCAUGGGGAGAAUCAUCCCCAGAUGAUUAUCGCUAUGCCAACCAGGUGUACAGUGACCCGCGCGAAAGGGAGAAAGAACAGCAUGACAUGAAUAAGAGGCUUCUCGACCCAGCCAAUGCAUUGCAGUUUGAUGACUUUAAGAAAUGCUAUGGUGAAAUCCUGCAUCGGUGGGGUCUAAAGGAGAAAAGGUCUGAGGUUCUCAAGUUUGUGUCCUGUCCACCAGAACCACACAAGGGCAUUGAGUUUGGUGUGUACUGCUGUCACUGCCGCAGUCAGGCCAGAGGUACCCAGUGUGCAGUUUGCAAGCGCUUCACCUUCCAGUGCGCCAUCUGCCACGUGGCGGUGCGCGGCUCGUCCAACUUCUGCCUCAGCUGUGGGCACGGCGGCCACACCAGCCACAUGAUGGAGUGGUUCCGCGUCCAGGAUGUGUGCCCUACGGGCUGUGGGUGCCGCUGCCUGCUGCAGAGCACCUUUUGAGUACUUGACGCUUUGUGACCUCAAAGGCCUAUUUAAUGUAUAUUGUGAAUUCAUGGUUCUCAUGGUGCCAAGAUUUUUAUUUAUGUAAUGAUUGGCAUUGCUCUAGUGCCUAAAGUAUGUAUUUAACUAUACUAAAUGCCUGUUGUUGGCAGAUUAUAACUAACUUUUAGAAUCUUUCUCCUUUUGUGACUAAACCUUUUAAGAAUCAGUACCCUAUGUCAGGGGUUUCUUGAAUCUUCACAAUUUGAUGAAGGAUCACCCAGCACAUACAUUAAAAAAGUGUUCAAAUGUC